AUGUCACUGACAAAUAAAUUUAAGGAAAGUAUCCACACAGUUAAGUCUCAACUACAACCUCACCAAACCUAUUUUACCAAACUAACCCAAAAACGUAUAGAAAACUAUCAAGAUAAGCUUACCCCAUUACUACACCAUAAUUAUGAAAUAGCAGUUGAUACAGAUCAUUCAAAAACAAAUCCGCCCGUUGAUUUUUCAAAUGUAUUAGAAGUUCCCAUGUUCUCAAUUAUAAACUUACGAGUGCAACCAGGUGACGAUUACUUUGUAUUGUGGUUCUUAAUCUCAUCUUACUUCCCGUUAAUUGUGGCAUGUUUGGGCCCACUUGCAAACAUGCUUGGAAUAAUCUCCAUCAUGGAGAAAUGGAAAUUUGAUUCAGUCCUGCAGAAACUUAUUAAAGACGAUAAUAAAGUCAUAAUUAUGAAUUCAAUUUCAUUAGCCUUGGGAAUUUUGGGUAAUGUUUCUUUAUUAAUGAAUUUUUCAGGUACAGUCAAAUACCUAAUUAGUCAAUGUAUUUCAAUAAUAUCCUGGUUUUGUGCUUCCAUAUUUUUAGUGGCUGGUAUCCUUAUCGCCAACAAACGCCUUGAAGGACAGGCUGGUCGUUCAGAAGGGUUUUAUUUCAUUAUUCUUUUGCAUUUCAUCAUUCCUAACCAUUGGAUAUGGAAAUACCGUGCCAAUAAGUGCAGGUUCUCGGUCUAUGUGAAUGAAUUCUUGACACCAGACCAAGCAUUUCAUAAAAUGAGACAUAUCAGAACCAGGGUCAAAUCGAAUCAAAUCAGGAUUUCCCUCUUGAUCAUUAGCAUUAUAUUUAUUGGAUUUUGGUUGUUGGGUGCUUUGGUGUUUUCCACAAGUGAAAAUUGGACGUAUUUCGAAGGGGUAUAUUUUUGUUUUAUGACAUUAUUAACGAUCGGAUAUGGAGAUUUUGUACCUGAGACAAGUUUUGGAAGGAUGGUUUUUGUAUGUUGGGCAAUUGGCGCUGUUCCUUUGAUGACUAUAUUGGUUUCGGAUUUCGGGGAUGAAUUAUAUGAAUUGUCUAACCAUACGAGUUAUCUUUUUUCAAAAUGGAUAUUCAAAAGAGGAGUUGAAGAACAUGAAGUUGAUCACUUCAAAAAGAGACAACGGGAAGAAGAACAAUCAUCAGAUGAUGAAUCUAGUGUUGAAAGCAAAAUUGUUGAUUCUGACCAAAGACCAGAUGAGGAAGAAGAACUAGAAACUUUGGAAGAAGAAAGCGAUCCAAACGCAAUCUUACAACAUUUGCAUCUCCAAGCCAAGCGUCAUAAUCAAAAGAAACUAGGCAUUCUCAAGCUGUCAGCCAUCAAUAGAGCGGAAGAAAAGAAGAAAGCUCAUGAAGAUCUACUAAUCUUUCUUGAGAAAUUAAAACCAUUAAUUACCGCCUCUAUCGAGAAUCCACUUAAAAAAUACAAUCAAAAGAAAUGGGAGGAGAUUUUGGAAGUUUUGGAUCAUGAUGAAAUUGAAGCCAUCCGUAGUAAUGAGAAAGUCGCUGAUGGUUUUUGGUUAAGUGACAAUUCUCCAUUAAGAUUGCCACUAAAAGAACCAAAUUAUCUUAUUUUAAGACUCUAUUUUAAAAUUGAAGAAAGCUUAAAGAAUCUUGUUGAUGCUGAAAUUGAAGCCUGGGAACAAUUAGAUCAAUCAGAUGGAUCACCUGUUGAAUAG